AUGCCGACUCUCGCUUUGAUCAACUUUAACAUCGUCUGUGCGACGCUCGGGGGCUUUGUCUCUCUCUUCGGACUGGUAUCUUACCUGUGCAAGGAGCGAUUCUACCUGUCCGAGGCCCUAAUCUCGCUUCUCGCGGGCGUCGCAUUCUCUCCACAUGCAGCCAAUUUCAUCCGCCCAGAUGAUUAUGCCUUGCACUCCGAGGAGAACCUCGAGGCUAUCACUCUGCACUUCACCCGUCUAGUCCUAGGCGUGCAGUUAGUCCUCGCAGGCGUCCAACUCCCCAAACGCUAUCUCCAAAUCGAAUGGCGGAGCUUAUCGCUUCUCCUCGGUCCCGGCAUGGCUGCAAUGUGGUUAUGCAGCAGUCUAGUUAUCUGGGCCAUGGUCCCCAACUUCAAGUUUCUCCAUGCACUGAUCGUCGCCGCCUGUGUGACACCCACUGACCCGGUCUUGUCCAAUUCUAUUGUUAAGGGCAAGUUUGCGGACAAGCAUGUUCCGCGUCCGCUGCAGCGGAUCAUUGUGGCCGAGUCUGGUGCUAAUGAUGGUCUGGGGUAUCCUUUUCUUUUCUUUGGCAUCUACUUGCUUAAGUAUGUUGGCAUGGAUGGUGAAGGGUAUUCUGGAUGGGCGGGGAAGGCGAUGGGUCAGUGGUUCUUAGAGACUUGGCUGUAUACUAUCAUUUUGAGUGUGGCGUAUGGCAUCGUGGUUGGUUGGCUGUCGCGAAAGCUUCUCCACUGGGCGGAGGAGAAGCGUUAUGUUGACCGCGAGAGUUUCUUGGUUUUUGCCAUUGCGCUUGCCCUCUUCAUUGUAGGAACUUGCGGUCUUAUCGGCACUGAUGAUCUUCUCGCAUGCUUUAUUGCGGGUAAUGUAUUCACGCAGGAUGAUUGGUUCCGCCUCGAAACAAUGGACGACUCUCUCCAACCAACUAUCGACAUGCUUCUCAAUCUGGCAGUCUUCAUGUGGUUUGGCGCCGUCUGCCCGUGGUCAUCCUUCUUGAACAACGACAUCAUCCCAAUCUACCGCCUUAUUUUCCUGGGAAUCCUAAUCUUGCUGGUCCGCCGGAUGCCAAUCAUCUUCGCGAUGCACAAGUACAUCCAUCAAAUCGAGCACAUCUCCCACGCAGCAUUCGUUGGAUUCUUCGGCCCGAUCGGCGUCGGCGCUGUCUUCUACCUCUCCAUUAGCCGAGAAUUCCUCCGGGAAAUCACAGUCGAUGGCAAAGUCCGCGAGGAUGCCCAGCAAGUCAUGGAUACCAUCAACGUCGUAGUGUGGUUCCUAGUGAUCUGCAGUAUCGUCGUCCACGGUCUAUCCGUCCCCGUCGGAAAAGCUGGCUACAACCUCCCACGCACCAUCUCCAGCGCUAUUAGUACUAGUACUGUUGAUGAGCCGGAGCCAGUGCCCAUUUCGAAUAUCCGUCACACGCACAGUACCGCGACGCCCCGGGGCAAUCUUUCCGGACCGAGUCACCGGUCUCGUAAGCGUGGUUACCAGCGUGAAUCGCCUCACCCACCGUUGUUCCGUGUUGGUCGUUCUGUGAUUCGUUCACGUUCGCCUGAUAGACAGCUUGGUGUGGGAUCACUCGAUGAGCCCGAGCGCCCUGUUAACCUCGUCACCCAUGAGACCGUGGUUGGCGGGAACGAAGGGGAGCGGGGCUCGUCGAGUUCGGCGUAA